AUGCUCUAUAUCGUUCGAUACGCCAUAAAGUAUGUGAUUUCCCUAUUUGCACGGAAGCACAAAGUGCAUGCAUCUGCAAAAACACUCACUCUGUACAGCCAGGAAUUUGAAAACUUCUGGGAGUCCCUCCCCUACUACACCUACAACAAACACAUACCCAAAUCAACAGUCAACUCUGAUGAAGGCUGGUUCAGCGAUGCAGGCUGGGGCUGCUGUGUGCGCUCCACGCAAAUGGCAGUGGCUAGGGCUCUGAUACAACUAAACGGAAAAGUUGACGGAUUGUUUGACGACUUCAUGGACGCACCCCUGGGGAUACAGCGCUUCUAUCAAAUUGGAACGAAUUGGGGACCUACAUCUUGUGCCAGAACGAUCGCAAAUCUGUCAAACUCAGAACCCUCGCUAAACAUUCCUUUUCUCUGUUUCCCAGACGGGAUCAUCGUCACAGAAGAUAUCGAAUCCGCAAUGUCCAAACACAGCCGCUUGGUGCUCCUAGUGUCACAAAGACUUGGAACUGAUCACUUCAACACGACACACGUUGGAACUCUGAGCUCACUAUUCAAGUGCCCAGAGUUCUCAGGGCUGAUAGGCGGAGACCUUUGGGGAAGGGGGUACAUGUUUCCCGCGGCAAAUGAAACAUUUCUCGUUGGUCUAGACCCGCACUAUAUCCAGAAUGUAAAAAAAGAUGUUAGGUUCCAAGGCAAGAAGCCCAAAAUUUUGUUUUGGGAACGGCUUAGUCCAACAAUAACACUUGUUUUCGCCAUUAAAACAGACACACUGUCGAAUAUCAUGGAAUUCUUCCGAAAAAUAUCUAACCUGCGCUAUCCCCCCUUUGAACUGACUCAGCGAAAGCCGCAGUACUGCUCGACGGACGCGGAUAUCAUAACCCAAUUUUAG